AUGUCUCUCAAGAACUACAAGGCACUCCAGUUUGACUGUUACGGCGGGAUGGUUGAUUCGGCACCCAUCCUACAGGCUCCUGGCGGGCCAAGUCGACAGAAGUUUCUGACCGUGUUCGGCCAGCACGAGAACCGCAUCCAGGUCGAGCGACCUGGAACCGCCUAUCCUGAUGUGUUGAAGGAGGCGUACUUGGCCACUGCGCGUGACCUCGGUGUCAGUGCCUCAGAUGCGGAGGCCACGGCGUUUGGAAACGCUGUCCCCUCCUGGCCCGCGUUCCCAGACUCUGCCGCAGCGCUCAAGAAGCUCUCGGACCUGGGCCUCAAGCUCGUGAUUCUGUCCAAUGUCAACAAUGCGUCGUUCAACGAGACGCGCAAAAAGUUGGAGAAGGGGUUCACCUUUGAUGCAGUGUACACUGCUGAAAACAUUGGUAGCUACAAGCCCUCUUUGGCCAACUUCAACUACUCGAUCGACCACAUCAAGUCCGAGCUGGGUGUCGACAAGGAUGAGAUCCUGGUCACGGCCAACAGCAAGCUGCAUGAUAUCAAGCCGGGCCACGCAAUGGGCAUGAAGGGCGCCUGGAUCUCGCGUGCGGCUCACGGCUCCGUCAUGGGCGUGACUGACUAUGCGGACGUCGAGCCCGACUGGGUGUUCCCGACUAUGCAGGAUUUUGCAGAUGAAAUGGAAAAGGUUCGCGCCUCAGAUGUAAGCGCCUAA